CGCCUCCGCCCUCUGCGUGCGCACCGCCUAAAGCCCGCCUCCCAGAAAGACUGCCGGCGCAUGCGGCCAGGACUCAUCACUGGCUGCCGGGGGCUCACCGCGAGAGUCGCCGGUGUAGCUCUGUAGUUGACGGAAGGAUCUGAAGCCGGCCUCAGAUCAAAAAGGAAAAUGAAGUACAUUUUAGUUACUGGUGGCGUUAUAUCAGGAAUUGGAAAAGGAAUCAUUGCCAGCAGUGUGGGCACAAUACUAAAGUCAUGUGGCUUACAUGUAACUUCAAUUAAAAUUGACCCCUACAUUAAUAUUGAUGCAGGAACAUUCUCUCCUUAUGAGCAUGGUAAGCAAUCAAACAACCACCUCCCCCAUCUAUCUUUUCUUAAAAACUGUCAGGUUGUCUACCCUUCAGUAAGCUGGAAGCAUAAUGUGCACGGCUCCUGCAGGUCUCCUAUGCCUGGAAAAGCACUCAGGUGUGAUGUGCCCACCUUCAGUCUUGGCUCUUGUUUUUUCUUUCCAGUUGUCCCUCACAUCACAGAUGCAAUCCAGGAGUGGGUGAUGAGACAGGCAUUAAUACCUGUAGAUGAAGAUGGCCUAGAACCUCAAGUGUGUGUUAUCGAGCUUGGAGGAACUGUGGGAGAUAUUGAAAGCAUGCCUUUCAUUGAGGCCUUCCGGCAGUUCCAGUUCAAGGUCAAAAGGGAGAACUUUUGUAAUAUCCACGUCAGUCUAGUUCCUCAGGUAAGUCAUUUACAGUCUGACUUUGGGGGAGAAAAGGUUGAUUUUCACACUUUAUCUAAUAGUUUUCAAUACUUGAGUACACACCCAGUGCAGCUCCACAUCAUGUACAACCACAAGAAUGGGAAGUUAUUAUCCAUGCAUUUUUUGUUUUUAUUAAAUCACAUCCUUUUUUUAAAACAGGUAAUCUGUGUCCAUGAUGUCUCGUCCAUCUACCGGGUCCCCUUGUUGUUAGAAGAGCAAGGGGUUGUAGAUUAUUUUCUUCGAAGACUUGACCUUCCUAUUGAGAGGCAGCCACGGAAAAUGCUGAUGAAGUGGAAAGAGAUGGCAGACAGAUAUGAUCGCUUGCUGGAGACCUGCUCUAUUGCCCUUGUGGGUAAAUACACGAAGUUUUCAGACUCAUAUGCCUCUGUCAUUAAAGCUCUGGAGCAUUCCGCAUUGGCCAUCAACCACAAAUUGGACAUCAAGUACAUAGAUUCCACCGACCUGGAGCCCAGCACCCUGCAGGAGGAGCCUGUGCGGUACCACGAGGCCUGGCAGAAGCUCUGCAGUGCUCAUGGAGUCCUGGUUCCAGGAGGAUUUGGUGUUCGUGGUACUGAAGGGAAAAUCCAAGCCAUCGCCUGGGCUCGGAAACAGAAAAAGCCUUUUUUGGGUGUGUGCUUAGGAAUGCAGUUGGCAGUGGUUGAGUUUUCAAGAAAUGUGCUGGGGUGGUCAGAUGCCAAUUCUACAGAGUUUGACCCCAAGACCAGUCAUCCUGUGGUCAUAGACAUGCCAGAACACAACCCUGGGCAGAUGGGAGGAACCAUGAGGCUGGGCAAGAGGAGAACCCUGUUCCAGACCAAGAACUCAGUCAUGAGAAAACUCUAUGGAGACCCAGACUACUUGGAAGAACGGCACCGCCAUCGAUUUGAGGUGAAUCCAGUCUUGAAAAAGUGCUUGGAAGAGCAGGGCUUAAAGUUUGUUGGCCAAGAUGUUGAAGGGGAACGGAUGGAGAUCGUGGAGUUGGAAGAUCAUCCUUUCUUUGUUGGAGUUCAGUACCACCCAGAGUUCCUGUCCAGGCCUAUCAAGCCCUCCCCGCCAUACUUUGGCCUCCUCCUGGCCUCUGUGGGGAGGCUCCCACAUUACCUCCAGAAAGGCUGCAGGCUCUCGCCCAGGGACACCUAUAGUGACAGAAGUGGGAGCAGCUCCCCUGACUCUGAAAUAACUGAACUGAAAUUUCCAUCAAUAAACCAUGACUGAUCUGGCAAUGGAUGAUUCUUCAAGAGAACCUUUGACUUUGACAAGAGUUUACAGCUAUGAUUUUACACUCGGCUUUUGACACUUCCUUUAAAUUAUGUUUUUAUUAAGAUUAUUUUAUUAUGGGGAGAAAGGUAUUUGGAAAACUGUCAUUGGCAUGUCGCAUCAUGUACACCGUUUCCGGGCCUGCCUGCUGCUUGGCCUUUCCCGUGUAGGUCAGGAGGUUGUGAGAUGGGAAGCCCACAUUGAGACGGGUGCUGACAGCAGGGGCUGAUGGAGGCCUGUCUACCACCUUGUUUCUCCAACUACCUCGUGUCAUUGUGGAUUCGAGCGUCUUGCCUGUUGCUUCCUUUGGGUGCCCAGGCCGUUGCUCAGUGCAGGUGGCUGGAGCAGACACGGGAGGAUCACUGAAGCCGGUGCUUCCCCUGUGGGAUGCUGGUGACCUCCUGCACCGCCUGUCACCAAAAACAGUGAAGCCAGAGCUGAGGCCUCAGUGUUGCUCUGAGUUGUGGAAGCUCUUGGUGCCAACUGUGGCUGGUCCUUGUCCUCCAAAGGGACAGUCAGUUUGGUGUCACAUGAUGCAGCAAGAAGUUGGUGUCUCUGAAGUAUGAUUUUAAAAUUGCACCUCUGGCUGCAUCUCCUGGUCCUGGGGUUGGGAGACACUCCUUGCAUCAAGGGGUCACUUUAAAAAAAAAUAAUAAAAAGAAUCUUGGUGGGGAAACUGCCUCUAAACCCCUCUCAUAUAUAGACAGCUUUGACCUGAGGGUACUUUCUUCUUCCAGAAUGGUGUUAACUGCAGUUAAAAUGCAAUAUGAAAACUAUUUUCUUAAUGUGAUGGAAUAGGCAUAGCCACUGCCUACUGUAUUCUGGCUGGACUCCAUGUAUACUCUAACUUAAGAAAUAAAAAAUGCAGAACAAGA